AUGGCAUCCGGAAAGCACGUUGUCAAGCCAUCCUCGCGAGCCUUGGCAAAUUUGGAGUCCGGAGGCUUCAUCGACUUGGAAAAUGAAGCCAGUAAACUCCCGCAGUACGACCCAGCUACGUGCCCUGAUGGAGUCAUUGACCUCUCCGGUGCCAUCAAUGGUUUGAUGGGCGAUGUUCUGGCAGAAGAGAUGGACCGAUUUUCCAAGGCUUACGAUUUUGUGAAAGGCAUGACAACUCGAUACGGUGAUGUUAUGGGACCGAAAGAGCUAGCCGAUGCAAUGAGUAGCUUUGUGAAUCGCUAUUUCGGUCCUGCGCGGUCAGUCACAUCCGUUGACAUACUGGUGACCAACGGCGUGACCUCACUCAUAGACAUGAUGGCAUUCGGAAUGUGCGAUCCAGGCGAGGGCAUCAUGGUCAUCACUCCAACUUACAUGAUGUUUCCCCACGAUCUGUGCGCCAGAGCAGGCGUCAGCCUAAUCAAGGCCAACCCCGAGCCCAUUGAGAGCCAGUUCGACGAGAAGUCUGCCCCUUUGCUCAUUGAAGCAAUGUCCAGAGCCUACGUCGCAGCUCUGGCAGACGGUAUUGUCCCCAAGGCCCUCCUCCUCUGUAACCCGAGCAACCCCUGCGGCCGGACCUACCCAAGCACUUCCCUUGUCGAGAUUGCGAGAUUCUGCGGACAAAAGAACAUGCACCUUCUAUCCGACGAGAUCUACGCCAUGUCGACCUUUGCCGGCACAACGGACGCAGAUGGACAGGCGCUUCCCCUAUUCACCUCCGUGCUAAGCAUACAGGAUGAUCCACCUCGCGGUGUGCUCGCUGAGAACAUCCACUGCAUGUACGGCGCAAGCAAAGACUUUGGCUGCGGCGGUCUGCGGCUCGGAUUCCUCGUGACGCGGAACGAGCUCCUCUGGCGUUCUCUGAGGAGGUUAGUGCUGUUUACAUGGGUUUCGACUUUCUCGACUGCAUUCUUCACGCACUUCUUGCUUGACGAGGAAGCCGUCGGUAGACAUCUUAAGAUCUACCGUGAACGACUCGAGGCGCAGUAUAGGUUGACCACGCAGUUCUUGAAGGAGAGCGGAAUUCCAUUCGUGCCGGCAAACAGUGGGGUGUUCAUCUUCAUCAAGCUGACGGCUUGGUUGGAUCACGGUGAGCAUUCGGCUGAACGCGACGGAAGCCGCGAGAUGAGACUCUGUCGAUAUCUUUUGCAUGAAGCAGGUGUCUUUCUCAGUCCUGGAGAACUCUCCCUAUCGACGGUUCCGGGCUGCUUCAGAUUGGUCUACACCGACAAAAGGGAAUAUAUGCCCAUAGCUAUCCAACGGCUAGCAGAGGCACUGGAAGAGCUCAAGCUGCGUCCUGCAUCACAGUCUUCUUCGUCCUCAAUGAGUGGCCAAAACAUCAAGGGCACCAUGAAUGUGGCAGAGGAUUUGACGAGGGUAUCACGGCGGACGUCGAUUGCGCGCUUCUUGCUUUGUCAAAGAGCAUGA